AUAUAUAAGACUGGGAGAAAAGAGGCAGUUGAAAAGACGGUAAAGGUUAUUCAAGUCUGAUGAGAUCGUAACGUUAAGUGCAUUUCAUUACACAUUACAAUUUCCCCAUUUUCCCUGCAAUCUAGGGUUCUUCGAAUAUACUCUUUUCAUUUUUAGCCUUUGCAUUUUUUCUUUUUAUUUACUUGAUUUUUCUUGUCACUGUUUGUGUCGUUGGAUCUCUUUAAUUAAGGUCUUUAAUUAAUUCGAGAUCUUCAUUGUGGUUUCUUUCGAUAAAUUUCGUCAUGACAAUGGCUGAUUCGAAUUUUCCGAUUGACAAUGGGGCGAGUUGCAUACCGAUUUCACCGGAGGAAGAAAAACGGAUCGUGGCUGAGUUGAUUAAGAAAUCGGAGCUUAAUUUGAAAGAAGGGAACUUAUACUUCGUUAUUUCCAAUAGAUGGUUUUCAAAGUGGCAGCGAUAUGUUGGGCAUAGUGUUGGAAUGCUAUCCACUGACCAGCAAUCUUCUGAUGGUCAGCAUGCCGACACUGGUCACUCAGAGAUCAUUCAUAGACCUGGUCCAAUUGAUAAUUCUGAUAUUAUUUCAAACCAAAGUAAUUGUGACGGGAAUGAUUUAGAUAUUCGCCAAACGUUGGAAGAGGAGAAAGACUAUGUUUUAGUUCCUCAAGAAGUAUGGGAAAGGCUGUUGGAAUGGUACAAAGGUGGACCAGCAUUGCCAAGGAAGUUGAUUUCUCAGGGUGUUGGACAUAAGCAGUACAGUAUUGAGGUGUACCCACUUAGUCUAAAGGUGACUGAUGCGAGAGACAACAGUGUCUCGAUUGUAAAAUUGAGCAAAAAGGCUACUGUAAGUGAACUCUAUGAGCUGGUGUGCAAAGUUAAAGGAGUACAACAGAACGAGGCCUGUAUUUGGGAUUACUUCAAUUUGAGCAAACAGUCAUUGCUGACGGCUUCAAACCAGACAUUGGAGGAUACAAACUUUACAAUGGGCCAAGAUAUUCUUCUAGAAAUUUCAGUCCGUACAGAUCAGUCUUCUCAAUCUGGUGUGCAUUCAAUGGGAAAUGAAUUAGCAUUGGUACCAUUAGAACCUCCAAGAUCAUCUGUGUCAAUUGCAGGGGGACCUACCUUAUCAAAUGGUCACUCAACUGGGUCUGGUUUUAAUUUGUAUCAGGGAAGUUCUGAAAGUUCAUCAUUGACUAAUAUGGAUGAUAAAUGUGACGUGUAUAGAGGUGAAAGAGGUGGUUUAGCUGGACUGCAGAACUUGGGGAAUACCUGCUUUAUGAAUAGCGCUAUUCAAUGUUUAGUCCACACUCCACCUCUUGUUGAAUUUUUCUUACAAGAUUAUACCGAUGAGAUCAACAUGGACAAUCCUUUAGGAAUGCGUGGUGAGUUAGCACUUGCAUUUGGUGACUUGUUGAGGAAACUCUGGUCCUCUGGGCGAACUGCUAUUGCACCACGUGCGUUCAAGGGAAAACUGGCCCGUUUUGCUCCACAAUUCAGUGGUUAUAACCAGCAUGAUUCUCAAGAAUUGCUUGCCUUUUUAUUGGAUGGAUUGCAUGAAGAUUUGAAUCGUGUGAAACAAAAGCCUUACAUUGAAAUGAAGGACUCGGAUGGUAGGCCAGAUGAGGAAGUCGCAUAUGAAUGUUGGAAAAAUCAUAUGGCUCGGAAUGAUUCGUUGAUUGUUGAUGAAUGCCAGGGUCAAUACAAAUCAACACUGGUUUGUCCUGAAUGUGGCAAAAUUUCAAUCACUUUCGAUCCCUUCAUGUACUUAUCAUUACCACUUCCUUCCACUGUCACCCGUACAAUGACUGUUACUGUCUUUUAUUGUGAUGGGAGCGGUCUUCCCAUGCCGUACACCGUGACAGUGCUGAAGAAUGGUUGCUGUAGAGAUCUUUGCCAAGCAUUGGGUACUGCAUGCUGCUUGAAGAGCGAUGAAAUGCUUUUGCUUGCUGAGGUUUAUGAGCAUAAGAUUUAUCGAUAUCUUGACAUUCCGUUGGAACCACUGAAUUCAAUAAAGGAUGAUGAACAUAUUGUGGCCUAUCGACUCAAGAAUGUAGCCAAGAAAACAAAACUAGAAAUAUUGCACCGAUGUCUGGAUAAUGUGAAAGGUGGAGACCGGAAGAUCUUUGGAACUCCCCUGGUUACUUAUUUGGUUGAAGAUCCUCAUUAUGGAGCCAACAUUGAGACAUAUGUACAUAGAAUGUUGGCACCUUUAAGAAAAGCACAUUCUUCAACCAAGUCUCAUGAAGGGAAGGAAAAUGGUUUCAUCUCAGCUGGUAGUGAUGAGGAAUCAAGCACCUCUAAUUCUCAAAGUGAACCGAGGGACCUGACACUUGGCACCCGAGAACAAGAGGGGACAUCCUGCGGGGAGUCAUCUUUCCAACUUGUUUUAACUAACGAAAACUGUUUAAGCUGUGAGCCCAUUGAGAAGGCAUAUGUGAUAAAACCCGGUGCAGCUAUAAGGGUAUUUCUUGACUGGAGUGACAAAGAAUAUGAAUUAUAUGAUGCCAGCUAUCUGAGGGAUCUUCCCGAAGUCCAUAAAACUGGAUUCACUGUGAAGAAAACCCGGCAAGAAGCAAUUUCUUUGUUUUCAUGCUUAGAAGCAUUCUUGACCGAAGAACCUCUAGGACCAGAUGACAUGUGGUAUUGCCCUCGAUGCAAGGAACACAGACAAGCUACCAAGAAAUUAGACUUAUGGAAAUUGCCAGAGAUUCUGGUUUUCCACUUAAAACGAUUCUCAUAUAGCAGAUACUUGAAAAACAAACUUGACACCUUUGUGAACUUUCCCAUUCACAAUCUUGAUUUGACCAAGUAUGUGAAAACUAAGGAUGGACAAUCCUAUGUGUAUAACCUUUAUGCCAUCAGCAACCAUUAUGGAGGUCUAGGUGGUGGGCAUUACACUGCAUAUGCUAAGUUGAUUGAUGAGAAUAAGUGGUACCAUUUUGAUGACAGUCAUGUAAGCCCUGUUAAUGAAGCUGAAAUUAAAUCUUCAGCUGCAUAUGUGUUAUUUUAUCAGAGAGUUGGGAGUAAAGGCCAGAUGGAAGGAGAGACGUCUCAGGUUCCUUCAGGUUCGUGUAGAAAAUGAUGGGUCAUUUGUUGUUUGAUGCUAGGAUCAUUUGCUGAAGUACAAUUCGGUGGUCAAGUCCUGGAAAGCCAUCUCCUUUGCAGUGCAAAUCAGCAAAAUAGGAAGACUGUUUCAACAGCUAUUUAUAAAAAAAUGUUAUAGGUGAGGCUAUAGAAAACCUUUUUCAUUGGGAGAAUCGGUCGACGUUAUUAUCUAAAUGGAUAUCAUUUUUUGAUAGAGAAAUUUUGGCAGCCUAGAACUUGGUUAGGUACUUCUAUUAUUUCAUUUUAUCAGAGGCUAAAUAGAUCAUCAUGAAUUCAUCAUCAUUGCCGUUACAGUUUUAUGUACCAUAAUGUGCUAAUAGGGCAAUCAAUGCUUUUGUUUGUGAAAGAAUAUGUACUCAUCUUCCAUUAUGUUGUUAGGAUUCUAUGUCCCAAUUACAUGAAAUGUAUGGAAGAGAUGAUGAUAAACAGGUUGUCAUUUAUAUAUUUUUAAAAAUAAUGGCACAUUACCCUAUCUCUCUA